AUAAGACUCCUUUUAUAUUGUUGCUAUUAUUAAUAUCAUUAGAUUCAACCUUCACAUUUAUAUAAUCGAUUUUAGCUCUCAAAAACUACUAGAUAUUAAUUGAUCAUGUCCUUCAACGAACAAGAUAUUCUAGAGAAGGUGAUGCUAUCAAUAAGCGAUUUUUUCUCUUUAGAACAUAGACCGAAAUGUAGAGGAGGAAUUGUUUUAAAAAGUGCUUAUAAAGAUAUAUUAGCUUUUUUGAAGUUGAAGAGAUCAAAGAACCAAGUUAAAUCUAUUUCCAAUGAUUUUGAUCCCAAGCAUCAAAGUCACAAUGACCCUUUUGAUUAUACAACUUUUUUCCAACAAUUUCCUUAUGAUAAGCUUCCUAAUCAACUAGAAGAUUAUACAUUUCUUUCUACUCAACCCUCAGCUCCACCAAUUCAAGAUUCUUUCACUAUUGGAAAUAUCAAAUUAAAUAUGUUAGGUAAUUUAGACAAUGUGUAUGUUCCUUUACUAGAAAAAGUUUGCAAUAUUCAUCCUUGUUUAAUAGAGUGUCAAAGGAAAAGGACUCCAAAGUAUGUAGAGUGGGCUUUUACAGCACUUGGAAGGGUAUUGUAUUUCCUUGAGAUCACAAAAGUGGAUGAAAUGAAUGAAGAGGAGUUUGAAUGGCUUCAACUAUUGUGGGAUGAAGUUCAAGUGUUUGGAUUUGACUUGUCAUGGCUUGCACCUCAAGUUGAAUUUCUUUUCAAUUAUGUGGAGAAAAUGAGCAAAGUGAAUAAGCUUGAGGAGGAAAAAAAGAGCCUAGAGGUGAGGAUUCAAGAAUUGAGCAUGGAAUUGUUUGAGAGAGAAAAAGAGAUGGAAAGUUCCAAAGGUGAUUUGGAAAGUUUAAGGUUGGAAUUGGGUGACUUGAUGGAAUCAGAAAGGUUGCUUAAUAUCAAGGGUUUGAUGUAAAAUUUUCUUAAAAGAAUGAGUCUAUAUUUUUAAGGGCUAAUUAGGGUUUUUGUCCUAGUAAAUUUAGUGACUUUUUUACUUUUAAUCCUUUGAUUUUAUUUUAUUUUUAUAAAGUUCUAUCCUUGCAACUUUAGAUUCCUUUGAAAUUAGUCUAAGGUCACCAUAUCACUAUACCUAGGGCUGACGUGGACAGAUUCUCAAUGACUGCUAUUGUCAAUUUGUUAUUGAUUUUUAUAAUUGGAAUGUGAAUCUUAAUAUCAA